CAGGAGGAGAAAGACUUGUGAGAAUGGCAGGAGAGGAUAAAAGGAGAGAUGAACAAACUGCUGGAGGAACAGAAGGAAAGCAAAACAGGAUGGAGCCCGAGGUUAACGAUCAACGAGUGGAGCGAGGUCAAAAGAAGCUUUGUGUGCUGCCCAAACGACUCCUGGUAAUGAUAUCUGUGGCUGUUGUGCUCAUCGUACUGCUGACUGUCAUCGUUGUAACUGCUGUGCUGCUCACUAGAACGUCAGCUCCUUCUUCUGCCUCGUUUUCUGGUGGAGACAUGCUGGAGUACUUGGUGCAGACGGGGAACAUCAGUGAACCGGACGGCCUUUUGGCUACGUGGUUUCACCGAGCCAACAGCAAGGACGACAUGUACGAAGCGCUUAUGGGUGACACCAUGAUCUUGGAAGCUGAUGUCACUCUCAUGGGUUAUGGAACCCCUGAUGAGAAGCCAGUCCCGAUCAUGGCACACCCUCCUGACAUAUAUAGUGACAACACUCUCGACGAAUGGUUAGAUGCCGUACUGGCCUCUGGAAAAGGCAUCAAGUUGGACUUUAAGGCUCUGGAAUCAGUGGGUUUGUCACUGGACCUGCUUAAACAAAAGGAAAGCAACAAAGGAAUAAACAGACCUGUGUGGCUGAAUGCAGACAUCCUCAGAGGCCCCAAUGUCCCAAGCUUUGUAGCUCCAGUCAAUGGAAGCAGAUUUUUGGAACUCAUUCAGGACAAGUUUCCAGAUGUGACUUUGUCUCCUGGAUGGAAGGUACUCUAUAUUCACCAGCUUACAAACGAAACCUACUCCAGAGCGAUGGUGGAAGAAAUGUAUAACAUGAUCAAAGAUGUACCUCAAAGGGUGACGUUCCCAGUCCAUGCCAUGUUGGUUCGCAGCGGCUGGCAGCACUUGAGCUGGCUCCUCAACCAGUCACCACGGUUCAGCCUGACUUUGUGGCAGGGUUCUGUUAACCCCAGCGUUAGCGACCUGCUGUUUGUCCGUGACAACACCCACCCAUGGCAAGUCUACUAUGACAUAUAUGAACCCACGCUGUCAGAAUUCAAGGAGGCUGUAGGUAAGAAGAAUAGCGUGAGGAGGUUCUACCCUGGAGGAGAUCUGAUGGAGUUUCUUCACCCAGGUUACAGCUCAGGCCUCAUGAACAGCCUGGCUGUGCCUUUGCUUCCCGCCACUGGUCGGGCCUCCCUGCUCCAUCAGCUUUCAGAUGGGGGCAGCGGGAUGCUGGUCGUUCGUGUGACCUCUGACAGCAGUCGACCUGGAGUCCUUCUGGUAGAAGGUUCUGGAAGGAGCUCAGAACCCCUCACACUGCAGGAUGUUAUUCAGACCCUUGGGCAGACUGCUGAUACCUCCUGGGGAGUUUACCUGAGGGUCCAUAGUCAGCAGCUUCUGGAGGCUUCUCUUAACCUGCUGCAGUCAGCCUACAGGGCUGAUGAGCUCUACAGGCCUGUGUGGAUCAGCAUGGAGGGCUUACAGAGCAGCGACAGCACAGCAGUCUUUGUGUCCACAGUCGAGCGCCUGUUUCCAUACGUCACUGUAGUCCUGGCUGAGCACAAAUGGCCUCCUCGGAUCCCAGCGGCGGUGUCACAGAGGGUGGCUCUACGCCUGAAUGCAGCAUCGCUGCCCACAGGACAGGAGCAGCUUCAUGCUUUACUGGGAAUGAUGGACAAAUACGACUUUAUAAUUGAGGUGGACACAAAGAAAGGUGCUGAAGCUGUCACCGUGGUGAAGGAGCUCAGUGCACGGUGUGCAGGGAGAGCGAACAGAAGCCUGUAUAUUCUACCUCAGCAACCCACAGUGAGCAGCAUCACAGAGCACGUGUGGGGCUGACAUGUUUAUAUGUGCUUUACUGUGCUGUGACACAGUCCUCGAUGCUUUUAUGUUCCAUUCAAAGUCACCACAGAGUCCUCAGUUUGUGUCUUAGUGUGACCAACAAAUACUGCUUAAGAUCAUUAUACUGUAUAUAAUAUAUAUGAUUCAAUGAUUAUUAUAAAAUUCAUAAUACAUUCUAUUAAAGAAACCGAGUCCAAUACCA